CCCAGACCCCGCAUUCACUAUAUCCGCUUUCCCCGGACCCCGCAUUCGCUGUAUCCGCUCUCCCCGGACCCCGCAUUCGCUGUAUCCGCUCUCCCCGGACCCCGCAUUCGCUGUAUCCGCUCUCCCCGGACCCCGCAUUCGCUGUAUCCGCUCUCCCCGGACCCCGCAUUCGCUGUAUCCGCUCUCCCCGGACCCCGCAUUCGCUGUAUCCGCUCUCCCCGGACCCCGCAUUCGCUAUAUCCGCUCUCCCCGGACCCCGCAUUCGCUAUAUCCGCUCUCCCCGGACCCCGCAUUCGCUAUAUCCGCUCUCCCCGGACCCCGCAUUCGCUAUAUCCGCUCUCCCCGGACCCCGCAUUCGCUAUAUCCGCUCUCCCCGGACCCCGCAUUCGCUAUAUCCGCUCUCCCCGGACCCCGCAUUCGCUAUAUCCGCUCUCCCCGGACCCCGCAUUCGCUAUAUCCGCUCUCCCCGGACCCCGCAUUCGCUAUAUCCGCUCUCCCCGGACCCCGCAUUCGCUAUAUCCGCUCUCCCCGGACCCCGCAUUCGCUAUAUCCGCUCUCCCCGGACCCCGCAUUCGCUAUAUCCGCUCUCCCCGGACCCCGCAUUCGCUAUAUCCGCUCUCCCCGGACCCCGCACAUUCGCUAUAUCCGCUCUCUCCCCGGACCCCGCAUUCGCUAUAUCCGCUCUCCCCGGACCCCGCAUUCGCUAUAUCC